AUGACUGAACUGCCAAAGGAGAUCACCGACCGCAUUGGCGUGACGGAAUAUGACUUUUUCACCCCUCAGCCCAUCCAGCAAGCUGGCGUCUACCUCCUUCGCACCAUCCUCCACGACUGGCCCGACGCCGAUGCUAUCAAGAUUCUGCAGGGUGUAGUCGAAGCCAUGGGCCCAUCCAGUCGCCUGCUUAUUAUGGACAUGGUUCUGCCCAAACCCGGUUCAGGCUCCAAGACGUUUGAGGCCGCGCUCAGACAGAAAGAUCUGACCAUGAUUCAGACUUUCAACGCGAAGGAGCGAGAGGUGGAGGAGUGGACUGCUCUUCUUACAAAGGCGGAUCCGCGGUUGAAGAUUCAAGCGAUUGAGACGCCUGCUGGAAGUGAGUUGUCAGUUAUUGAGGUCAUGUUGGAGGAGGAGGUUGUGAAUGAGCUGUCGUGGCAUUCUUUCAGUGGGUAG